UAGUAGGCCCCAAUGGGCACAGCAACUACUACCCUACAUCAUCCAUCCAACUCUCAAUCCUCGCAUCCGGCUCCCAUCUACCCAACACCAUGGCCCGCAACAACAUCAGCUCCGGCUCUGCAUUCGAGGCCGAGAUUGGAUACUCUCGCGCCGUGGUCGUCGACGACUGGAUCGUCGUCUCGGGAACCACUGGGUACAACUACCAGACGGGCGCCAUCUCCGACGACGUGGCCGAGCAAGCGCAGCAGAUCCUCGUCAACGUCGCCGCGGCGCUGCACGAGGCGGGCGCCUCCAUGGCAGACGUGGUGCGCGUGCGGUACAUCCUCCCGGACCGCCGCGACUUCCCCAAGACGUGGCCGGUCUUGAAGCAGUGGUUCGGCGAGGUGCGGCCGGCGGCGACCAUGGUCGAGAGCGGGCUCAUGAAGGAGGAGAUGAAGAUUGAGAUUGAGGUGACGGCCAAGAAGGGCUGUGGCGCCAAGAAGCAGUAGGAGAGGACUACUUGUUUAUCGGAGCAUCACGACAUAUGAAGUAGAGGC